CCUGAACAUCAGCAGGAGAUGACUCUUUAAAGUAGAGACUCUACAUACUGAUAUACACCUGAACAUCAGCAGGAGAGGACUCUUUAAAGUUAGAAGUAAUGUGACACCGGUUUCCUCUCAGCUAAACACACACAGACCCGCCCAUCUAGACUGUGAUUGGUUGCAGGUUUGGCGGCAACAUUCUGCCACCAUUGCAGCAGAACAACCGCAGGAAGAUCUCGGAGCAACACACUCUUAUUGGUCGGUUAAAACUAUGGUUGUAUUCGUAAAAACUCAAAAGUGUAGUCGUUGAAUCUUUAAAAAACGUGUUCUCCCUCCGCCUCGGAUUAUUUCUCCAGUUAUUUUUAUUUUUCUUGCUGCACAAACCGAAAAUAACAGCUCCACAAUCACCCAGAAAACCCGGACGGGAAGGACUGACUACCGUGAGUAAGAGGAUAGAUUAGAUAAAGAUAAACUUUAUUGAUCCCUAUUUGGGACAUGUUAUCGUCUCAGCAGCAUAGAUAAGACAUUACACAUGAAUUAUAGGUAAAUAAAAUACAAUUUAAGAUUGAAGAUAUCAAUAUAUGGCCCCACGCAAAGUUAUGUGAUGAGCGUCGACAGGGGGGGAUUCCAAUUCAUACUAUAGGACAGUAAAACAAGAAUACCAUUUAAUGGGGGAGUGAUUAGUAAAAUAUGCAUAAAGAAAAAAUGAUAUCUGUUGACAUUUCUGUCUCACAUGGGUGUUGUUGAGAGAUGUAUCCAUAGAUCUGUAUCCAUAGUCCUUAAUUUUGCCCUCAAAGUGCACCAGAUUAAUGCAUUUAACUUCCAAAUGAAAAAAUCACUCUAGCUUUCAACCAGCUCUGAUUUGGGGAUUCAAGGCGCUCCCAUAUGGGCUCAGAACAGUCUCAUAAUACACACAUGCACCGCCUCGGACUAUCUUUCCAGUUAUUUUUCUUUUUCUUGCUGCACAAACAGAAAGUAACAGCUCCACAAUCACCCAGAAAACCCGGACUGGAUCAACAGAAAACCCGGACUGGAAGGACUGACUACCAUGUCGAAAAUCUCAGAGGAAGAUUGGAAGAGAGAUCUGACCAUCAUCCUGGAGGAUCUGUCUUCAGCACAGUUCAUAAAAAUGAAGGAAUGUUUGAGGGGUUUCCCUCAGGUUCUGAAGGACAGCCGGUCCAGAGAAGAGAUGCCUGGGAAGAUCAUUGAGUUCUACGGGAAAGAAAAGUCGAUCCUCGAGAUGGAGAGAGUGAUGGAAGAGAUACCGAAGAGAAAUGAUUUGGUUCAGAAUCUGCUGAAACCCUACGUUCAGAAAGUGAGGAGCAAACCGGAGAAACAGCAGCAUGAGAAGAAGAGGAGACGUGAGGAGGAGCCGGAGGAAGGAACCAGUCCUGCAGCAGAUCAGCUGGAGGGAAGCCAACCUGUCAAGAAACCGAAGACUCGUGACUCCCAGGAUGGAAAAGCUCCAUGGAGGAAAUCCAUCUUUGAUCUAAAAUCCAGUGGGAUUCUUGAGACGGAAGAGAUUGUUGGGAAAGUUGUUAAAAAAUCCGAGCUGCUCACAUCCACGAUAAAGACCUUUUAUUUUUUUCUGGGCGUCGCCGACGAGACGGCCAGCGUCAAACUGAUGGUGUGCGGAAAAGAUCACCAUCGACAAAUCAAAGAGGGGAGCUCCUACAUCUUCAGGAAUCUAACACAAGAUGGAAUAUAUGUGAAGGUCAACGCAUCGAGCAAAGUGUCAGAAACAAAACCUGUCAUCGUCCCGGAGGAGUUCGAGAGAGAAGCUGAGAGACUGGUUUAUCCUGAGAGUCCGCUUACCUCCAUUAAAGACAUCAAAUCAUCUCGUCCCCAGACACACGUGAGCGUCAAAGGAACCGUCACCGAGAUCUAUCCCGUCAACAAAGUGAAGGUGAAACACAAGGAGAAGAAGACGAAUCAGCGAAGCUUCAAACUGAGUCAGGAAGAUGAGGAAAUCAGCGUCACCAUGUGGGACGAGGCCACCAAGCUGAUUAAAUACCUUUCAGUCGGACACGUCUUUCUUCUUGAAUACAUGAAGCCCAAUGAGUACCGUGAGAAAGUGUCUCUCAACUCAUCUAAGUUCACCAAAAUCACCAAGGUACCUGCAGCCUCCAGUCGGACAUGUUGUCUCUGUGAUGACAGCUUUCCUCAACAUUUCUAAUUCUGACUUUUUCCUCAAAA